GCGGCGGGACCGGGCUGGCUGCUGGGCGCUGAGAGAGAUGGCGGCGAUGGAGGCCGCGCCGAGCCCGCAGCACCUGCUGCUGACCUGCAACCAGCGGCUGGCAGAGUUCCUGCAGGAUGAUAUCGAUCUAGUGUGGCUGAAGGAGAUCCGCGAGGAGGCGAUCAGGAUGUUCGGCAGCUGCUACAACGACGAGCCGGAGCUGAUGCCGAAGACGCCGUCGCAGAAGAGCCGGCAGCGGAAGAAGCGUUUUGCCGCUCAGCGGAACGAAGACCAGGAGCUGGGCAGGAAGAGAUUGUCCCAGAGGAAGAAAAAAAGCAUCAAACUGGUGCCUUCUGCACAACUCCAAAACAAAGAAAACCUGGACCUCAUCAGGGAUGAUCCUGAACAGGUCUCUCCACCCCAACGUGUGACAAGAUCCCAGACUGCAGCACUCGCCAAGAUCUCAGAGGUCUCUCAAAGGGUUCCCUCCAAGACCCCUUCUGUCCUACAGGAGGGGAAGGCUCACACAGCAGAAAUCAACAUAAAUAAUUGUAUUGGCACUGAGCUAAGCUUCCAGGUGAACCCAACAAAGCCAGCAAAGCAGCUCCGUGCCACUUUCGUUCUGGGACCAGAUAAGGAUCCUUUGGAGGAGGACCAGGUUUGCAGAUCCUCACCUGUACCAGCAACCCCCAAGACGGUGGCCACUAUGCCUAAGGCCGUGCCUCAGAUGAAUGCAGCCGAUAUCACACUCCUUAUGAGCGUUGAGCCUGGGCUGGAGGAUGGCUCCAUGCAGGCAUCAGAGAAAGAUGAGGAGAAGCAGCCUGCCCAGGACAUCCCAGGGACACCCAAAGGUCUGAGACUCAGUCGCCAGUCUGUGCGCAGGAGCCUGCUGGGCAAAGCUCCCGCUCCCCGCAGGAGUUCCUUGGCCACAAAGUACUCCCGGAGCAGCCGUAGGGGAAGUCGGAUCCGUAGUUCCAUAGGCAGAUUAGCCACCCAAGCUCGAGCUCAGCAGUCAGCCCCAUCAUCUAGCGGCCCGGAGGACUCCAGCUCUGGAGAGGUGCCAGAGAAUGAAGAAACAGUUCUCAAAGCUGGGCCUCCUUCUGAAUCUUGCAGCCCUCCCGAGCUGGCCCCCCAGAACCCACAGAUGUCCCUUCGCUCUCGGACCAUCAGUGGGCAGGAGCCAAGCAGCCAGAGUAACCCAGGGGAGAGCUGUGGCAAAGCUGCAGCAGGCACAGUGGCAACACCUCAGAGCCCACGGAUGUCCCUUCGCUCUCGCACCAUUGGCAGGCAGGAGCAGCCGCAGCAGACACACAGCCAGGAAACAAACACAAAUAAGAAUGAGAAGAUUCAGGAACCACCCCAGAGUGCCAGGAGAAAGCCAAGCUACAAGAGAGCUGUGGAUGAGUGCUAUGACAGCCAGCAGGCAGAGGAUGGGGGACUUUCUCCUCCCAGAAGAAAGACCCCAUCCCCAGCCUUCCCAGCCAGCAAGGUUGUACGGCCUAUGAAAACCUUCCUGCACACUGUGCAGAAGAACCAGCUGCUGAUGACACCCAGCUCCCUGGGGAGGAACAUGGUGAUUAAGUCCUUUAUCAAGUACAACACUCCUCUGCAGACUGACUCCAAGGAGAAGGAGAGACAGAAGCUGGAGAUGCUGAGGAAAAAGCAAGAAGCUGAGCAAUUGAGAAAACAAAAACUGGAGGAGGAGAAGAAAAGGCGGCUGGAUGAGGCAAAGCUGAAGCGAGAGGAGCGGCAGCGCAAGGUGCAGGCGUCGCGGGAGCGAGCGCUGCAGCUGGAGCAGGAGCGGAAGCGGCGCAUCGAGCAGAAGAUCGCCCACUUCGAGGAGAAGACCGAGAAGGUGCGGGAGGAGAGGUUGGCAGAGGAGAAGAUCAAGAAGGCAGCAGCUGCCAGGAAAAUGGAGGAAGCAGAGGCACGGCGCAGGCAAGAAGAGGAGGCCAGAAGACAAAGAGCACUGCAGCAGGAGGAGGAGGAACAACGUCGGCACAAGGAGCUGAUGCAGAAGAGGAAGGAAGAAGAACAGGAACGUGCCAGGAAGUUACUGGAGCAAAAACAAGCAGAACAGGAGAGGGAGAAGCAGCUGGCUGCACAGAGAGAGCUGGAAAGAAAGAGAGAACAGGAGAGGAUCCAGGCAGAAAAGCUCCGCGAACAGCAGCAGAAGGCAUCUCACCUGCAGAAGGAAGCACUGGCUGCUGAAAAGCAAGUCCAGAGGGAGGAGCAGAAAGAGAACUCAGAUGCCUGCAACUCCUACCAGAUGACUCCCCAUGCCCAUAGGGAUCCCAAGCCUGUCAAAGUCGACCCAGACAACUAUGGGCUGGAUCUGAACAGUGAUGACUCUACUGAUGAUGAGAGCCAGCCUCGCAAGCCCAUCCCCACCUGGGCCUGUGGGUACCAGCUCACCCAGGCAGUGACCAGACAGUACCAUGCCCCCCCCAACGUGGAUGAGAUCUUUGGGGUGAUCCUCAGCCCCAAGCUGGAGGACAUCUUCUACAAAAGCAAGCCCCGCUACAACCACCGCACCAGCUCUGCCAUCUGGAGCUCCCCGCCCUGUAGCCUCAAGUCUGCUCUGCCUCCAUCCUACAGCCUGAAGAAGUACUGAGGCUCCUGCUCCAAGAGCCUUGCACUCCCUAGCUCUUGGCACUCAUACACCUGGCACAGGAAUGAUUCACCAGAUCACAACCUGAGGUAGGAGGGGACCUCCCCUGGUCCACUGGCCUUGACCUUCCCUGCCCAAGCAAGGCCACCCAGAGCCCCCUGCUCAGGACUACAGGCAGGCAGCUUUGUUCAUCUCCAAGAAUGGAGACUCCAGAAGCUCCCUGGGCAGCCUGUGCACAGCAUAAGAGCAUCUUCCAAGACAAAGCUGUGCAGGUUGGGCCUGCUGCCACCAUUCCACUGCACCAACGUGUCUCUGCAGCAGGAACUGGGACACUUAGUGCUUUGGCCCCAGCAGAUCAAUGCCAGGACACACAGGCAUGAGGCUCUAGGCCUUGGCAAGCUGCUGGUCACUGAUUCGAGGCAGAGCUGGAAUGACAAAGGAAUCAUCCACAUCUUGUGCCUGGGAAUAGGACCAUGAAGAGACCAUUUCUUUUCAAUGGCUCCACGUUCCCUCCCCAUGGGAUCAGCUCCAGGGAUGGCACAAUCAGAGCAAAUGCCUGCCAGGACAGCUGGUGGUAAAACAUCCCAGGGCUUCCACUGGAAGAGCUCGCUCUUCAGCUUGCAGCCUGGAUCCUGACCAGCCACAGCAGUCAGCAGGGGAUGGAGCUACAGCUGCAGCCCAGCUCCAGGUAUGGGCUGCAUGUGGGCAUCACCACAGCUCCAGCCCUGCUUCCACACCUCAGUGCCCAUUGCUGCCUGUUGCAUUGUUUGUGAGAACUGUGCAAAUACAGCAGGACAGAUCCAGCUGCUCCCACCAUGGAGCUCUUGGAAAAGCACCACAGGACACAAAGGUGGGACAUGGACACCACCCCCCCCCCAGCUAGAGUAGAUCUCCUGUUGCUGGUGGCUGAGUCCAGCUCCUUCCCACCCUGGAGCAGGACCCUUUCUGCACAGCUGGCUGGAAGCUGAAGUGGGGCCCAGGGCCAGCAGAUCAGCCCCCACCAGCUGCU